GAUGGAAGAAUAGGAUGAACAGGUCGAUGUGUGCCAACAGACUGAAAUCGACGCCAUUUUACUUUCAGUGUAGUUGUGGCGUGGAUCUAACUGAUCUGAUUCCAACCGCAAACGAUUUUUAAGCAAUUUUGAUAGAACACUCUCAUAGGUUGAAAAAUGUCUCGGUAUCGUGAAUGGGAUCUGUCUUGUAAGGUUUAUGUUGGUAAUUUAGGCAGCAGCGCCAGCAAACAUGAGAUUGAAAGCGCAUUCAGUAAGUAUGGUCCACUAAGAAAUGUGUGGGUAGCUCGAAAUCCUCCUGGUUUCGCAUUUGUGGAAUUUGAAGACCCGCGAGACGCUGAAGAUGCCGUAAGAGGAUUGGACGGAACACGAUGUUGUGGCACCAGAGUAAGAGUCGAGAUGUCCUCUGGGAGAAGUCGCCGUGGUGGUGGCGGUCGCAGACCUGGGCCUCGUUAUUCUAGGUCCAGGUCGCGCAGCCCCCGUAGGAAAUCCCUUGGUCGUUAUCCGAGAUCCUGUUCGAAAAGUCCGCGGAGAACAUCGAUAAGCCGUUACUCCAGAUCGAGAUCACGCAGUCCCCGCAGAAGAUCGUUGACCCGGAGCCGCAGCCGAGAUCGCCGCUCACGUUCGGAUUCCCGUGACAGACGUUAGAUGCUAAAAGUUCAAGAGAGAAAGAGAAGUAGAUAGAAAGAGAAAGAGAGAGAAAAAGCGGAUCGACUUUAUAUGCUGGAGGGAAGACAGAAAGAAAAAGAAAGAUAAAAUGAGAAAUUUUUGUAUGUACAUAAUAAAAAUGGAUUGUUAAUCACACAUACAUAUUACACGCUCGCGUUUGAAAUUUAUGAGCAAUUAUAAAAAUGCGACGAAAAGUAGACCAAUAGACAUUUCGAUUGAUUUCAUGAAUCACAUAUUUAGUUUGUAAGCUACAAUCUCCAAGUUUCGACUAUAUGUACACGUAUACACAUACAUAAUAUAUUAUGCACAGUAUAUUAGCACAUUAUAUGACUAGGUGGAUAAUUGUAUGCCUAUAUGUUUAAUUAACAUUAUCAAGAUAUGCUACUUAAAAACAAAAAAAUAAUAAAAUAUUACAAAAAAAUCUAAUUAAAAGACAUUUGAUGGAUACAUUGUGGAACAAAAUUUAAUCUUUUUUUCUUUGUUAUACGAGUGUGUCAUCUUUUGUCUGCUAAACAUGAAUCCGUUGGCAAAAGUUUAUCGCCAAAGAUUUCUUCGUGUUGCUUGAAAUUGCUUGAAAUCUCUAACAAUUUUUGCACUUGAUAAAUAUAUUCGAACAUAGAAAAGAGAGAAAGCACAAAUACUGAAUGUAAAAAGUGCAAGCAACGCAAAACCUCAACUUGAUAGCCAAUUUUUGCCAACGGAUUCAGCAUGUAAAAAUACGUCUGAAACGGUUAUUCACACUCGCGUUGCAAAAUUGUGUUUCUUAGUGUUAUUAUCAUUAAUUAAUAGUUAUCAAUGGAUAUUGAUUAGAUAUUAUUUUCCACCACAUUUCCAACAUAAAAUAAAUUGAUAUUGAUUAGAUAAUACUUACAUUUGAAGGAAGGACGGGAAGAGAGCAAAAAUUGUUUUGUUAUUUUGUACUUGACUUUGUACUUGAAUUUGACAAAACAAAGAAGUUUGUGAAUGAUAAUAAAUAAAUGUGUGAAAUUUUCAGCCAAAUGACUUUUUUUCUGUGUAUUGCGAACAUGACAAGAAAUUUGCACGACUGUCUUUUUUUACAUCAGUA